UAGGGUACGAAAGUAGGUCGACAUUGGUACGAUAGUUUCUGUAUUUUUUGAUAAAUUGUGAUUGAAGAUGAAUGUACGAUAGGGUACGAUAUUGGGUACGAUUCGUGCCCGGUUUUUUUUUUUUAAUUUCCGAUGGUGUACGAUGUGAGGUACGAUGGUGCACGAUAAUGUUAUAGUUGUUCCUAUUUUUAUUUUUUUUCAGUGGUGUCCGAUAUGGUGCGAUAGUGUCCGAUAGUUGCUCGAUAGUAGAUUACAGAAUAUAAAAUUUGAUGUUUUUUUUGUUAUUCUAUUUAAUUGGGUAUUUAUUUGUUUUAUGCAGAAUUUAAGACCUCCACAACUGAUAGUUCUAGUAGAAGAACAUUUUACAGGACGUAUCACUUGGCGCGGCAGUUGGUACUUUGCAAAGAUUAAAGCAAAAUUUACUGAGUGUGGUUUAUUGGAUAGGGUGAAGGAAUCCCCUUUCAAACAGUUCAUCAUGGCGGAACCAUUAAAUUUUUCUGGUGCCUUAGUCCAUCAGCUGUUGUUCCACAAAUUCAGAGGGGAGAAGACUGACGAAGUCCAGUUUUAUAUUGGGAAAAAACGAUGUAGAUUUAGCCAAUUGGAGUUCGCUUUAGUUACUGGUUUAAAUUUCGAGGCCAGACCGUCUGAAGCUGAGAUUAAAGCGAAGACCACUUCGGAUCGGUUGAUUUUUGAGCAAUUCAAUGGUCAUUCCCCAGUGAGCAUAGGGCAACUGCGCAAAACUUUUGAGAGUUAUCAAAUAGUUGAUGAUGUGUACAAGAUGGGUUUGUGUUUAUUAGUAGAGGGUGUUUUGAAAGGUCAUGAGGAGAAGUUGAUGGUUUGGACUGACAUGCUGAAGAUGGUAGAUGACGUUGACUUCUUUUUCCAGUACCCGUGGGGGAAGAUAUCAUACCAGAAGUUGUUACAAACUUGUCAAAAAGACUUUGUAGAAAUGAAGAAGCAUUUGCAGAAGAAGAUUGAGAAAGGAAAGACUCAGAAGGAGGCCAAGUACUCUAUUUAUGGGUAUGCUGCAGCAUUGCAGUAUUGGGCUUUUGAGUCCAUCAUUGAGUUGGGUCAGGAUUAUGCUGUGAGAUUGGGCCAAGGCAUUCCAAGAAUGAUCAACUGGCAGAGCAAGGAGAAAGUAGAGAUACACAAAGAGCAACUUAUUAAAUUGUUUGCCAAAAAGUUGACAGUAUACCCCUACCUGUGUGCCCGACCUGCUGAAGAACAGUAUGUGAGGACCCUUACAGACAAUGAAGCCCCAUUGUAUGUGGACGUGGGGUUAGAGGAACUACAGGUGGGUGCCGAUGGACAGCCUACACAGGAAGCCUUACAGAGCCAGGCUGAAAAGCUUGCUGAAAAGUUAGUUGAGCAAGCGGAAGCAACAAAUAUUUUUAAGGAGGUUCCACCACCUCCAGCACCUGAGGCACCUGAGGUUCCCCCAUCAGCACCUCAUGCUAGCACCUCCUCCCAAGCUGAGCAACCAGGCUACUCUAUGAUUUUGGCCAGGUUGGAAAAGGUUGAAGGGCAACAAAGUGCCCUUAUUAAAGGUCAGUCCGAGAUCUUGGGUACAUUGCAGAAGCUGAUGAGAAUGAUCGAAGAUCCUAGUAGGCCAGCUCCAGAUCCACACCCUCAGUCCACUGAAGAAGGCCCUCAGUCUCCUGUAGAUGAAGACAUUCUCCCUAACGAUUACAGACCUGAUGAUGUAGAUGAUCACAUUUUUCUCACACCUGAGGAUAUGCAAAUUACUGUAAUCGGAGAUACUGAAGAUUCUGAAGUACAAUUCUUAGACAUAGCUUCACCAGCACCGGAGAAUAGGAGAGAAGGAAAGAGGCCUAGGUGGUUCGAUGAGUACACUGCAAUGAAGAAAAGGAAUAAGAAAUCGAAGACAGCAGUGAAUGUGGAUCCAUUGAGGCAUUUAGAUGCAGCAUUCCAUCUCAUGAGGAGGCGUCUACAAUUUUAUCCUGAGGUGUACCCUCAGAACUGUGUUGUUAUGCCUACAAUUUUUCCCGAAUCAUUGAAGGCUCGGUGGGACGCUUUUCCAGAUUCUGACUACUCUAGCUUUAGUUGGGAUGACAGUAUAUUGGACCUGGUUAGGGGUGAUACAGUCCAGUUCUUACCGAGUUGGCAGAACAAGGAGUCCAUUUAUUUUGCCCUCUUCUUGAAAGACCAAUUUCAUUGGGUAGCUGUAGAGGCAGACCUGAGGAUGGGUGUUCAACAUCUUUGA